UCUGUUCAAGAUCGCGCCAGAAAAACAAAACCCUAACUCCCUGUCAACUGACCCAGGAAAACCCAAAUCUCAGAUUCAACUCAGAUGCAGAACGGUACGUUCUCUUCCUCUUUUGGUUCUUCAUGAGCCUAUUGCAUGAUUUGCUGUUCUAUUUUGGGCUCAAGUUUUUCAUCAAUUUGACCAGUCAAUCCAAAGUUAGGGUUCAAAUUCAAUUCUUUAUUUGAAUUUUCUUGGGUUUAAGUCACUGAUUUGAGUGAAGUAAAAUAGGGUUUGGAUGAAAAUCUUGACUUGAACUGAAUUUGGCUUUUUAGUUCGGGUUACUCUGUUAUUGGUUUGGGUUUUGAGUGUCUUGGAUUUUAUGAAGACCAUGUGCGUGGAUGAUUAAUGGGUCUUGAUGGAAUUGGUAGAAAGAAAACUCCAUGUUGUUGUUGUGCUGAUGUAGUAUGUAGGGGUAGUAUUGAAGGGAAAUGUGCUCUUGAUGGUUUUGUGAGAUCAAUGCUUUAAAUUUGAGUUGAAAAAAGGUGGGUGAAAGGACCUGAAACGAAAUGAUGGAUUCUCUGGGUUCGGGUGGGCCUGGCCCAAAGCGUUCAUUGAGGAAGAAGGCGGGUUUGAAGAGUUAUGAUGAGAAUUUGAUGGAUGAUCUUAUAGAUAAGCAUUUGGGUGGUUCCAUGAAAAAGAAGAAUAGAACGACACAGGACAUAGAGAAAGAGACAGAGACAGAAGCCAUGAUAGCACUAUCUGUAGGGUUUCCUAUAGAUGCAUUGCUUGAAGAGGAGAUUCAAGCAGGAGUAGUGAGUGAAUUGGAUGGGAAAGAACAAAAUGAUUACAUAGUUGUGCGGAAUCAUAUACUUGCAAGAUGGAGAGAUAAUGUGCAUUCAUGGCUUUCAAAAGGUCAGAUUAAAGAAACUGUGAGUAGUGAGUAUGCUCAUUUGAUAUCUUCGGCUUAUGACUUUCUUCUGUAUAAUGGGUAUAUUAAUUUUGGUGUUUCACCAUCCUGUAUGUCCCAAAUUCCUGAGGAGGCUACUGAGGGAUCAGUGAUAAUUGUUGGUGCUGGGCUUGCUGGAUUAGCAGCAGCAAGACAACUGUUGUCAUUUGGUUUCAAGGUUGUGGUUUUAGAAGGUAGGAAUCGACCAGGGGGAAGAGUUUAUACACAGAAGAUGGGCCAGAAGGGUAAUUAUGCUGCUGUGGAUCUUGGUGGCAGUGUUAUUACUGGCAUCCAUGCCAAUCCAUUAGGAGUUCUUGCUAGACAACUAUCCAUUCCCCUUCAUAAGGUUAGAGAUCGGUGUCCCUUGUACAAGCCAGAUGGAGAAGUCAUUGACAAAGAAAUUGAUUCAAUGAUUGAAAUCAUCUUUAAUAAGUUGCUCGAUAAAGUCACCCAGUUAAGACAGAUAAUGGGUGGAUUUGCAAAUGACAUUUCGCUUGGUUCGGUUUUGGAGACAUUAAGGCAGUUGUAUGCUGUGGUUAGAAGCACAGAGGAAAGACAAUUGUUUGAUUGGCAUCUUGCAAACUUGGAAUAUGCAAAUGCUGGAUGUCUUACAAACCUGUCAGCUGCCUACUGGGACCAGGAUGAUCCUUAUGAAAUGGGUGGCGACCACUGCUUUCUUGCUGGGGGUAACUGGAGAUUGAUCAAGGCAUUGUGUGAAGGAGUUCCUAUAUUCUAUGGAAAGACUGUUCAUACUAUUAAGUACGGAAAUGAUGGUGUUGAGGUGAUUGCUGGGGACCAAGUGUUUCAGGCAGAUAUGGUCCUGUGUACUGUGCCUCUUGGGGUCCUAAAGAAAAGGGCCAUAAGAUUUGAGCCAGAAUUACCCGUAAGAAAGCUUGCUGCAAUUGAUAGAUUGGGUUUUGGGUUGCUGAAUAAAGUUGCCAUGGUUUUCCCUCGAGUUUUUUGGGGGGAAGACCUGGACACCUUUGGGCGCCUUAGCAAUUGUAGCCAUAAACGUGGAGAAUUCUUUUUGUUUUACAGUUAUCAUACUGUUUCUGGAGGUCCAGUACUUGUUGCUCUGGUGGCUGGAGAGGCUGCACAAGCAUUUGAAUACACGGAUCCUUCCACUUUGCUACAUCGUGUUCUAAACAUACUCCGAGGGAUAUAUACUCCAAAGGGCAUCAAUGUGCCUAAUCCCAUACAAACAAUAUGUACAAGGUGGGGCAGUGAUCCCCUUUCCUAUGGUUCAUAUUCUCAUGUCAGGGUACGUUCCUCUGGCAGCGACUAUGAUAUACUUGCAGAAAGUGUAGCAGGUCGGCUGUUCUUUGCAGGCGAGGCCACAAAUAGGCAAUACCCAGCCAGCAUGCAUGGUGCCUUUCUGAGUGGCUUAAGAGAAGCUUCAUGCAUUUUGGGAGCUACAAGGUCUCAUCAAAGUAAUUCCAGGAAAUUAACGCAGAAAAAUAUUGGACCAAGCAAUGAUGUCUUGAUAGAUCUAUUCAAAAGGCCCGAUCUAGCAUUUGGAAAGUUUAGCUUUAUAUUUAACCCAUUGACAGUAGACCCAAAAGCAAUGGGGAUUAUGAGAAUUAGUGUUGGAAAUUCCAGUAGUGAAAACAGUAGUGAAAAGGAAAUAGAGAACAGUAGCCAGAAUUCUCCAGACCUACCAUUGCAGCUUUACACCAUGUUAUCUCGCGAACAGGCACAUCAGCUUCAACUGAUUGCUGGAGAGGAUGAAAGUAGGUUGUCUUUCUUGCUUAAAGAUCUUGGGCUGAAGCUAAUGGGACCUAGUUCAAUGGGAAGCAUAGGCAACUCUUUGGCCGCCACCAUUGCUAGUGCACGAAGAGGCAGGGGCAGGUACCGAGUUUCUUCUAAAUAUGAUUUCAGUUCAAUGCACUAACUUUCAGACAGGAUUAAUCUGGAGUUGUCUUAUGUAUGCAUAUCUUCAUGAAAGGGAUGCCGAAAGAUGGGUAUCCCUUUCACUGAUUCAGACUACUUGUAUAUAUAUUCUAGCUAAGGAGGUUGGUCAUUGGCUGGAGGAUAAAUCAAUUUGUUGAAGCUUAGAUGGGGUAGUUCAUUUGUAUUGUUUUCUUAACAUUUCUAGAUCCGAAGGUGGCUAGUUAUGGGGGGUUUCAUGUGGGUCAAAGUUUUGUAGUUGAGGAAGAAGCAAGAAAAGAGUAUCUCAGUAGUUCUGCUUAAUCUUGGAAAUCUCAUGUAUUCCAGCCCUAUGCCCAUAGAUUUUAUUGUAGGAAAUUUGUUGUAUUUCUUGGGAACUUCUUGCUUUGUUGAAGUUCAUGUGCAUUUAAAUUUCUAAGGUGGCAUUUGGAUACAA